CAAAGUAUAGUAAAUACGUUCUCUAAUGACGGAGACUAUAACAUUGUACCGGUUUCAAAAGUGUUAAGUAAAUCUUAAUUUUCAAAUAAGAUCGGACUUAAUAUGUUGUGUGCUGUAUUCUAUUAUACAGUGUGGAAUAUUUAAUGUACUCGACAAUUCUGCUGAGUUAAUUUUUUAACUAUAUAUUUUUUGGUAUCCAACAGUUUUUACAAAUAAUAUAAUUUAUAAUAUUCGUAUCAAUAUGUGUACAACGGUGAAAAAUAAAAAAUAUCAGGAGAAUAAUACUUGCAAAACAGUAUGUGAUGCAAUAAAAAAUUUGAUCAAAUACUUCUUAAAAUGUAUGAUCAUUCAAUUCCAUACAGUAUUUGAUUAUUUAAUAGACUUAGUUUUUGGAUUAUACUAUAAUAAUAAGUCACAAAAGGUUCCACCAAUAAAAAAUGAUUUGUUGUUGAUGAGUGCAUCACAGUUAGCUGAAAAGAUCAGAACAAAAAAAGUAUCUUCUGUAGAAGUUGUUACAGCAUUUAUAGAAAGAGCAAAAGAAGUAAAUGGUAUAAUAAAUGCUGUAGUUGAAGACAGGUAUUCUGAAGCUUUAGAAGAAGCUAAACAAGUAGAUCAACUAUUACAGAAGUUAGAAAAUACAGAUUCAUUAAAGAAAGAAAAGCCUUUCUUAGGUGUACCAUUUACAACAAAAGAAAGCAAUGAAGCUAAAGGUAUGCUUCAUACAAUGGGUUUAAUAAGCAGACGUGAUUAUCGUUCUGAAGAAGAUGCUACAGCAAUAUUAUUUAUAAAGAAUGCUGGUGGAAUCUUAAUUGCAAAAACAAAUGUUCCUGAGUUAAAUUUAUGGACUGAAUCAAGGAACAUUUUAUAUGGACAAACUUGUAAUCCAUAUGAUACUACGAGGAAUGUUGGUGGAAGCAGUGGUGGAGAAGGAGCAAUAAUUGCUGCCUGUGGGUCAGCAUUUUCUAUUGCCAGUGAUAUUGGUGGAUCUACUAGAAUGCCUGCCUUCUUUAACGGCGUUUUUGGACUUAAACCAACUUCAGGUUUAAUAUCACUAAAAGGUAUUGGACUUCGACAAAGUGAUUGUCCUGAUUCUAUGGCACAAGCAGGUCCAAUAUGUAAGAAGGCAGAAGAUUUAACCCCUAUUUUAAAAGUUUUAGUGGGGGAAAAGAAAUCAUCUUUAGAACUUGAUACAGUAGUAAAUGUAAAAAGCCUUAAUAUUUUUUACCAGGAAAGUUCAGGUGAUAUAAGAGCUAGUAAAGUAAGUUCUGAAAUGAGAGCUGCUCUUCUAAAAGCUGUGCAUCAUUUAAAAGAAGUUACUGGAUCAGCAAAAAAGAUAAAAAUACCAGGUUCUGAAUAUAGUUUUCGACUAUGGAGGUAUUGGAUGACCCAUGAAGAGGUCAAUUUUAAAUUAAAUAUAACAAACAAAAAGUAUUGCACAAGUACCAGUGCAGAAAUUAUGAAAUUUUUAACAAGAAAGUCAGAGCAUACAUUUUCCGUAGUUAUGAAAUUAAUCGAUGAAGAUUUCUUUCCAAAAGAGAACGCUGAAUGGGCAACAAAUAUAACCGAAAAUAUGAAAAAAUUUUUGUCGGAUAAAUUACAAAAUAACGGGGUGCUAUUGUACCCAUCUUCACCUUUUCCAGCCAGUUAUCAUUAUACGGCUUAUUUAAGACCUUUUAAUUUUGGUUAUUGGUGCCUCUUUAAUGUCAUGAAAUAUCCAGUUUGCCAAGUGCCUCUUGGUUUAAGCAAUGAUGGAUUACCUGUUGGCAUACAGGUUGUUGCAGCCCCAUAUAAUGAUCACUUGUGUAUUGCUGUAGCACAAGAAUUGGAAAAAGCAUUUGGUGGUUGGGUUCCACCGUCUUAAUUACAUAAAUUGAAGUCUGUACAGCUGUUUUAAAUUAUAACAAACAUGUUUGGUUGAUAAUAAUAGUAGUUAUUAUUAUUACAAUAGUAAUAAUAAAAUAAUAAUUAUUUUAUUAUAGUUAUUGACAUAAAUGAUAAAUCUUUCAUUAUUAUUCUCAAAUUAGUUUUUCUUGAAAUUAAUUUUUUUAUGAUUUGUUUUAUGUUAUAUAAAUAAAAUAUAUAACAGCAAACAUUUUGAACGAUAUAUCGCUGAUAUUUAUUACAGUUCUUUUUCGUUUUCGGCGAUCUUUAUGUAUUUUUUUAAUUCUGAAAGUUCUGUUACAUUCAUGAUAUAUUUGGUGAUGGUUUAUAUAUUAGAUUUAUAUAUUUCAAUUGAAAUCUGUUAUAUUACUUGAAUAUCGAAAUAUAUUAAUUGGUUAUUAUUUGAAUAAGAAA